CUGCGGGGCGGACGUGCGGACAGUGGGGGAAAGUUCACCAUCACCGCGGAGGGGGAAAACAUUGGAGAAACAGCAACUGCUCCUGAUCGGAACAAUCCUGUUGUCACCAAAAGGAAACGAAUCAUUCAUAAGGGAAAUUAGACCAGGAAAUCACCGAAUUUUAAACCGGAACCCUGUACAGACAAUUGUGUUCUUUUAAGAAAGAAACAGCCCAGACAGACUGAGCUGCUACAAAACACAAUUUCGUAUUCCGCAAAGUUGGAAUGAAGACAAACACUCAGCCCCUGAGGAGCACGAAAGACCCCAUCUCCUGACUAUUCACACCACGCUGAGACUUUGCAAAUAUUUCUGAGAUGAGACAUCAAAAUUCAGUUACCUGUUCUGAAGCCAUAACUGCAGCAGACAUGAACUAAUCAAACUCCUCUGGAAUAUACAACCAGCAAAUUAUUUCAAGGGAAACUCUGUUGAGCAAGAGAGAGGAAGUGAAAAGGACAAUGUUCUACUGAAUUUCUCUCUCUCUCACUCUCUAGAAGUAUUGUGUCUGGUUUGUAAAGUGACUACCCUGAGAAGAAAACAACCACUAACCGCUAAUCUUUUAAAUUAAAAUGUGCAAAUCUGCUCUGUAUAACUGCAUCCAGGAGAAUAAUUAAACUAAACAGCCACAACAUUGAAUCGCCGCAUCGAGGAACAGAUAACUGUAUACUCCACUUUUUCUUUCAUGGAAUGUAACAUCCUUUAUAAGCCUAUCGUCUGCGAUCUGUUCUUGUGCGUGUGUAGGCCCAGACGAAUGUGUGUGACUGUAUGAAUAAUGUCAUGUUUUUCUUUUUUAGCUCAGGAAUAAUUUCAAAAAAUUUACCGCAUUCCUGUUUAACUUAAGUCAACCUGUCUGACUAAUCCUCUACAACCUUGACACGUAAAUAGUGGGACACUUACAGAAUUGGCAAAGCACAUUCUAUCUAAAUCCUUAGAAAAGAAAAAAAACAAACCCUGUUAUGGUCAAAUGAGGAGUGGGAGGACAGUGAAGUCAUUUCACCCUUCCUCACUCGGUCAUAACACCUUAAACGUGUGUCCUCUGGUUACUGACUGUUCUGCCGACAGAAACAGAUUUUCCUUUUCUGUCGAAGGGUCAUGAGGACUCGAAACGUCAACUCUUUUCUUCUCCGCCGAUGCUGCCAGACCUGCUGAGUUUUUCCAGAAAUAAAGUGAAACUUUGAUUAAAAAAAAAUGGAACAUCAAAUGUUUGAGUCAAAAGAAGAGUGUACUUUCCAGUACCAGGACUCAUUACCACCACUACCUGUUCCCCCUCUUGAGGAAUCAUUGAUGAAAUAUUUAGAUGCAGUGAAGCCAUUUUUGAAUGAAGAAGAACUGCAAAGAAGUACAGAAAUUGUUAAAACAUUUGGACAAGGGAUUGGUAAACAGCUGCAUCAAAAACUUCUGGAGAGGGCCAAAGUUAGGAGAAACUGGCUUGAGGAAUGGUGGCUGAUGAGUGCCUAUCUGGAUGUUCGGAUGCCAUCAAUGUUGAAUGUAAACUUUGGAGGUCCUGGUCCCUACUUAGAACAUUAUUGGCCACCAAAAGAAGGCACACAGCUUGAACGUACUGCUAUGGCUGUAUUCUUCAUGCUACAAUUUUGGAGACUACUUAGAAAACAGCGCUUGGCUGUACACAAAGCUGGUAGUGUGCCAUUAGACAUGGACCAGUUUCGUGCAUUGUACUGUACCUGUAAAAUACCUGGAGUAACCAGAGAUUCCCUUGUCAGCUACUUUAAGACAGAAGCUGAAGGGCCGUGCCCCUCCCAUUUAGUGGUUCUCUGUCAUGGGCGAAUAUUUAUCUUUGAUACCAUGUAUGAGCAUCAUAUCUUAACGCCACCAGAGCUUUGCAGACAGUUGACUUACAUCCGAGAAAGAUGCAACAGUGAACCCGAAGGACCAGGUGUGUCAGCAUUAACUGCUGAAGAAAGAACACGUUGGGCAAAGAUACGGGAAUAUCUAAUUGACUUGGAUCCCAAGAAUUUGACUAUAUUGGAACAAAUUCAGAGCUCCUUGUUCAUACUAUCAUUGGAUGAUGCCAGUCCCCAUGGAACGCCUGAAGAUUACUCUCAAAUAUGUUUAUCGGCACUAACUGGAAACCCAACUGUCCGAUGGGGUGACAAGUCAUACAAUUGCCUCAGUUUCUCCAAUGGAACUUUUGGUUCAAACUGUGAUCAUUCUCCUUACGAUGCCAUGGUCAUGGUUUCCAUGUGUUAUUACCUUGAUCAGACUAUCAAGUCGGUGGAAGGCAAAUGGAAGGGAUCGACUGCAGUACGUGACCUGGCUUUGCCAGAGGAGCUGGUUUUUGCGUUGGAUCAGAGGGUUCUAAAUGACAUAGAUCAAGCUAAGCAGCAGUAUUACAAGCAGGCAUUGGAUGUCCAAAUUGUCAGUUAUGCCUUCACUGCAUUUGGAAAAUCUCUAAUCAAAAGCAAGAAGCUUCACCCAGACAUCUUUGUACAACUUGCACUUCAGUUAGCCUACUACAGGUUUCAUCGACGACCUGGCUGCUGUUACGAGACUGCAACAACGAGACGAUUUUAUCAUGGCCGAACUGAGACAAUGAGGCCCUGCACUGUUGAGGCUGUGGAAUGGUGUAGUGCAAUGCUGGAUCCAGCAGCUUCUAAUAUGAAACGUCAACAGCUGAUGAUGAAAUCUUUUGCAAAGCAUUACAAACUGAUGAAUGACUGCCAGAAUGGCAGGGGUUUUGACCGACAUCUGCUGGGUCUGCUGCUUGUAGCUAAACAGGAAGGUCUUCCUGUGCCAGAGCUCUAUUCAGAUCCUGCCUUUACUAAAAGUGGUGGUGGAGGAAACUUUGUUCUUUCAACUAGCCUUGUUGGAUAUACUACAAUCUUGGGUGCUGUCCUUCCUAUGGUCCACAACGGCUAUGGAUUUUUCUACCGUAUCCGAGAUGACAGGAUUGUCGUAGCUUGUUCCGCCUGGAAGUCGUGUCCAGAGACUGAUGCAGAGGAACUGUACAAGGGGCUAGUUCAGUCCUUUCAUGAAAUGAUCAAGUUAACAAUAGCGGCCCAGCUUUAAGCAAUACCAAAAAGGAGUAAAUGCUGCUAAAAUGUUCUGAAAUGCUAAUUCUUUACAUAUUUGCAUUAAUAUGGUAGUAAUUAAUGUAUGAUCUCCUAUGAAGUCUAUGUUACAAAAUUUUACUUGAAGUAACAAUGUUUUUUGAAUCAUUACUUUGCAAUAUCAAUGCAAUAUUUUUGAAACUAUGCACAGUACAAUGCAAAAAAUGCAGACCUUUAAACCACAGAAGUAAAAAUAGAAUAAUUACAAGGCAAUUUUCACAUUGUAUUUUUAGAUUCAGCUUUUAAUUGUGUUGUAAAGGAAAACGUCACAAAUAAUUAUUCAUUUUAAUUAAUCCUUGACAGAACUAGUCUGUUUAUUUCAUAGAAACAUUUUUUGGCUCUAGGAUUCUGAAAGUAGGAGUGAGAUUCUUAAUGUCUAGAAUUUAAAAAAUGUUUUUAAGAUAUGUAAAUAUGAAGUAAGGAUUUGUUUAAUGUUUAGUAUGUAAAGUAGAACAUCAAUAUUGGACUAAUCUUUGAAUUGUAUCACUAGGAUGCAAAAUUUGGGCAUCUUUUGCUUAACUCUGUAGUAUCCAUUGGAUAAUUGCCAAGGUGAAACAUUGGCAAGAAGCUGACUAUAGUGAUUGCUGCCCAUUCUAAAGAAAUAGUUUCUCUCUCAACAGAUUGAAAUGUGUCGAGGGUCUGCAUGGUUGUUAGUCGCCAAUUGGUACGGGUUGAACAUGCAAGCAGAAUUAGCAAAAUAACUUUGUGCAUACUAAUCAAAUGUGAUUUUUUUUCAAAACUGAAAUAUACUAGCUUGCAGUACCUGUGAAAGAUUGUCUUAAUCCACGAUGGAUAAUAGGCUCUUGUGAUAACUGAAGUGCUAAUUGGAUAACUGGUGAAUUUUGUUUAGCGUCAAUUUUAUUUUCCCAUUUACCACAGUUCAAAUUUAAGUGUAUCAAAUGUUUUACUUAAUUUCUACCUCUCGUACCUCACUGCACAUAUUGUCCAUUGGAAGUGGAGAAGUUAUUUUUAAAAAGGAUUUAGCAGCCAGUGAGAGAGCCCCAAAUUCUGCAGGUUAGCUGCAUUGCUUCCUAUGUUAAUACUUAGCGCUGCCAAAUGAACUCAUCUGGGUCCCUGCAGUUUAUUUUUUUGUUUGUAUUUAGCACUAUUCCUUUUCCCUUUGAUUUUUUUCCCGAGCUAAUGCCUUGUUCUGCUUAUACCUGGUCAAUUUGAGUUUUCUCUUUCAUUCCCUUCAUUCCUUUUCGCAAGAUUUUCUUGUGUGCGUUUGCCUCAUCUAUUUUUCCCUUUUCUUCUGGUUUUUAUUUGCUUGCAUUUCUUUGGAACCCCUUCCUUCCCAGUUUAAAUGAUUUAUCCCUAUUUACCCAUCAUUCCAGUUCAUUAGUAUUCUUCCUGUUGGCAAGUAACCUGUUGCAUUAGAGUUCCUUCUUCCCUGGAAUUAGUGCGAGGGUCCUCUGAAACACUUACUUGCACCUUUGAAUGAAGUGUUAAGCUUUCUAACCUUCUUAUCCUUCCCCAUUCUAGCAUGUAGCAAGGGAGCAAUCUAAAGAUGUUCACCUUUUGAAGUCCUGCACCUAAAUCUGUUUUGUAAUCCCCUUUUUUGGGUCUUUCCUAUAUCUUUGGCUCCACUUACAUAAUCUGCAUACUCUCCAAAAUGCCCUUUCCCUACCACUUGGGAGACAAAAGACCUGGGGCUCUUCUCUAGACUGUGAAAAAGAACGGCACCUUCUCCCUAACCAUUAGUACUCUUUUAUUGGUGUUGCACUUCUAAUAGACUUACUAAUCUUUCUCUCUCUACAUUUAAAAAAUAAGACUAUAGGAUUGAAGCCUCUUCAUUACUUACUGAAAUUAAAUGCAUGCAUUCUGCUCCUGGAGAAAUACUGCUGUACUUGAACAAUGUGGAAAUAGACAAUAAUUAUUCAUGAAGAAUAAAUUGACCUUUAACAAUA